AUGCAAUGUAGAUACAAUAUUACUACUGUAUUUGAUUCCGGUUCAACUGAAAUUUUGGCACCAGACAGUGCUGAAUACAAGAUGAUGGCCAAUGAAACUCUCGAAGAACUGGAAUGGUGUCUGAAACAACUUGAAAAUAUUCAGACAAAAAGACCUGUCUCGGAUAUGGCUUUUUCAAAGUUCAAGCGUUUACUAAACAAAGAAUUGAACAGUUUUGGAGAAGCUGAUAAAUCCAGACACCAGAUAUCUGCGUACAUCUGUGAGACGUUUCUAGAAACUGAAAAGGAUGCAGAGGCAAAUGAAGAAAUUGAAUCAAUGCUGGAAAGAAGACGUAGUAGUGGUCAGUCACACUGUUCAAAUAGUGCACAGGAUUCGGCCAACAUUAGUAAAAGACAUUCAUCAAUAAUCAGUGGGGAUGGAAAUCUAAAUUUAUCUAAUGCAAAAACUGCUGAUUUCUCUUCAAAAGCUAAACUUGAGUCUUCUGGAGGUAUGUCAGGAGAAUCCCGUAAAUUAGCAGCAGGCUCAAGAGGGAAAAACUAUGACGAAACAUCUGAGGUCGAAACUCCUUAUGAUAAAGAACUAGAAGAAAAACGUGAUCUACUCAGGACAUUUUGCAUAGAUCCUAGUGUCUUUGUACGCUAUCUGUUAAAAGUUGAAUCGACGUAUCAUGCUGACGUCCCAUAUCAUAAUUCGAUGCAUGCAGCUGAUGUUUUACAGACAUCUCAUUACUUACUACAAGCAGAAACACUGGAUGACGUGUUCAGUGAUCUGGAAAUCUUGGCUGUUCUUUUCGCCUCAGCCAUACAUGAUGUGGACCAUCCUGGAUUGACAAAUCAAUUUCUAGUUAACACUGGACAUGAAUUAGCCUUACAGUAUAAUGAUUCUUCUGUAUUGGAAAAUCAUCAUCUUUAUAUGGCCUUUAAAAUUCUAAGUGAACCAGAUUGUGAUAUAUUUGCCAAUUUAGGCGCAAAGAAACGUCAAACACUACGUCGAAUGGUUAUAGAAUUGGUAUUGGCAACAGAUAUGUCUAAGCACAUGAGUUUGUUGGCUGACUUACGGACAAUGGUUGAAACCAAGAAAGUUUCUGGCUCUGGCUUAUUAAAUCUGGAUAACUAUGCCGAUCGUAUACAGAUAAAGGCAUACAUACGUAUCCUAUAUAUUCAAUAUCACAUUUCAAGAAAUCUUCAAUAGUUGAAACGUUUUACUCAGAUAUCAAUAGCAUCAUCCGGUCAUUAUUGACUAGGUGUUUCUCACCGUCUUCAUCUGAAUGUACUUGAAUUAAUCUAUAGCUGGAAAUUAAAAUAGAUAUGCAAAAUAUCAAAGGAGGAAAUAAUCAAAGAAUAACUAAUUUUAAAACAAUUCCCUUUAUUAACUUCACUGUAAACUAAGUUUUAAUUCCUUGACAAUAUUUAACUCAACAAUGUGAUCAUAAUUCAAACAAUAAAUUUUAUUGAACUAUUCAA